UGCUGAGACGCUACCCUCAAGGUCCUCGAUCAUCGAUGCACGUCAACACGAUGACCCCAGAUUUGGGGGACGAUCGCGAAGGGCAAUUGCAGUCUUUCCUGGCAAAGGCAUAGACUGCAUCUUCACCUUCGCUCCAAUUGACCUCCGCUAGACUCUCCGGUUCCUUUCCUAUCACAACACGAUUGCAAGGGGUUAUGGACCUGGAGAAGACUCAUGUCCCUCCCUCCUGCACGGCACAGGAUGUACCGACAAGCCGUUGGAACAGGACGAGCCGGGUCCGCAGAUCUAGGGUGCAGCGCUUGUUCGGCGUUGCAUGCCUGGCAUUCAUUGCCUAUGCGCAAUGGAGACAAAUCUCGUCGCCAGGGCCAGACCCAGCAUCUGCCCCAGAUGUCACAGUGCAUGGUCUCUCGAUCAAGAGGCUGCAGGAGGAUCUCAAUGUGUGCGCUAAGCUACAUAAGAAGCCAACUGACCCCAUAGGAUAUGGUCGUGAGAGAAAUGCUCGUUAUGUCGACGGUCACAGGCCCACUCUCAUCCGCAACGCCACUGUCUGGGUUGGUGAACCAGACCGUGAAAAUGGCGACUCCUCCUGGAUAACGGCCGAUGUCUUCAUCGAGCAUGGUCUGAUCAAGCAGGUUAGCCGCGACCUCGACCCGCAAACGCUGCCGAGCGAUGUGUCGGUCUAUGACGCCGCUGGUCGGCCCCUGACCAGCGGAAUCAUCGACAUGCACAGUCACGCCGGGGUGCACUCACUGCCAACGAUACGGGCCAACGAUGAUACCAGCGAGCUCUCGACAGAUAUUACGCCCUACGUGCGCACCAUCGACGCCAUACAGCCGACCGACUACCAGCUUCAGGUGAUCAAGUCCGGAGGCGUCACGACCUCCUUGGUCCUCCCUGGCUCCGGUAACAAUAUCGGCGGCGAAGCCUUUGUCAUCAAACACGCCGUUGGCCGCGCUGACGGACGCAACGAAAUCAGCAUCUCGGACCUCCUCGCGGACCCAGACCGCAACUGGCGGUAUAUGAAGAUGGCAUGCGGCGAGAACCCCAAGCACAUCCAUGGAAAGGUUGGCGAACGUGGCCCAACGAGCCGUCUCGGCGAAAGUUGGGAGCUUCGCCACGCGUUCAAGCAGGCCUCUAAACUUCUUCAAGAGCAAGACGACUGGUGCCAGGCCGCGUCCCGGGACCUGAACAGGGUGAAAGGAUAUCUGCCCAACGAGAUACGAUGGGAGGCACUAGUUGGGGUCCUUCGAGGGCAAGUCCAUGUAAAUGUCCACUGCUAUACUGUGCCAGACUUGGAAGCCUUCGUCGAUCACACCAACGAAUUCAAGUUCCCUGUGAGGGCAUUUCACCAUGCCCACCAGGCGUAUCUCGUGCCAGAGGUGCUGAAGCGAGCCUGGGGUGACGAUCCGCCAGCUUUAGCCCUCUUUGCGGACAAUAUGUGGUACAAGGCUGAGUCUUACAUCGCCUCUGAAUAUGCGGGCAAGCAUCUGUAUGACAACGGCCUUGUCCCAAUUUACGUCAGCGACAAUCCGAUACUCAACGCCCAACACGUUGUAUUGGAAGCCGCAAAGGCGUACAAGUACGGACUCCCGUACCACGCCGCCCUCGCCUCGGUGACCAGCGCCCCUGCCGAGAGACUGGGCUUGGGCCAGCGGCUCGGCAAGGUAAAAGCGGGUUUUGACGCCGACGUUGUGGUGUGGGACAGCGACCCGCUCAGUCUCGGCGCCGCCCCGGUGCAGGUAUGGAUCGACGGCACGGCGCAGUACGAGCACCCGUUCGAACUCAACAAGUCGUUCAGGGGCACCAUCACUCCGGAUCCGAACCUCGCCACCAUUGUCGAGAACCCAACCGUUCUCCAUGGAGAUGUAAUUUUUACGGGGAUUACCAAGCUGCUGAUCCCCAAUGAUUCCAACUCCAACCUCCCAAUCACCAGCCCCGCGAAUGUCCUCCCCGCCACGUUCAACCUGACCAUCUCCGAGGGCAGAAUCACCUGCCUCGGCAUCUGCCCCUUUCCUCCCAAUACUACCGAUACCGCUAGCAUCAAAGCCACCACACGAAUCAUCCAUUUGCGCAACGGACAUAUCACGGCCGCCUUCACCGCCAUCGGGUCCACACUCGGCUUGAACUCAAUUGACGACGACCGCACGGCAACAGACAACGGCGCAGGGCCCACCUUCAGCCGCGCACUCGACGGUUUGGCGCUCGACACAGCCAAGCUGCGCGCCGCGCAGCGCUACGGCGUGACCCGCGCUAUCUCCGCGCCCAAACUGCUCCCCGGCGACGUCCGCUCGCAUCAUGGUACGAGUGUUGGGUUCUUGACCGGCGCCUUGACCGUGACUGCCACUACUGGUACUACUGGUGCUGGUGCUAAGGGCGGAGCGGUCUUCCAGGAGGACGUAGCGGUGCAUUACACGCUGGAUCAAACCGUCAAGACGCUCAAUGGAGUGUCCACUUCCGGGGAAGUGGGCAGGUUGCGAGCGAAACUGCUGCGGGCGGUGGCCGGGCUGGGUAAGGGUAGAACUACUACCGGUCACGGUACGGACCACGAGGAGGCCUUCCUCAAACGGGUCGUCACGGGCGAGAUGCCGCUUGCUGUGACGGUGCACAGCGCCGACACCAUCCUCGCGCUUCUGCGGGUCAAAGCCGUAGUUGAGCAGCGUGCUGCUGCUACUGCUGCGGAGGGGAUCAGGAUGGUGAUCCUCGGCGGCGGCGAGGCGCACCUUGUUGCGAGAGAGCUGGCCGAGGCCGGCGUUGGGGUGGUGCUGGCGCCCAUGCUGUCGUUUGGCGUGUCGUGGGACCAGAGGCGGGCGUUGACCGGGGCGCCGCUCACGAAUGGGACGGGGCUGGAUGUGCUUGUUGACGCUGGGGUGGUUACGGCUGUUGGACUGGAGGAAGACUGGGUGGUGAGGGACCUUGGGCUGUUGGCUGGGAUUGCGCAUGCGAAUAGCGGAGGCGGGAUUGGGGAGAAGGAUGCGCUGGGGUUGGUGAGCGGGAAUGUGUACAGGAUGCUGGGACUGCAGGAGCCGGACGUUAGGGAGCACUUUAUCAUUCAUGAGGGCAGUCCGCUGGAGAUUGGUUCGAGAGUGAAAGUGGUGGGUGGAGGACUGGGGCAUGUCGAGGUCUACUAG